AUGGCACGUUCGCAUUCCCCUCAGUUUCGGCAGGGAGCUUCGAUGGCCAUCCGAACGCCCAACAGGCUGCAUGAAGAUCCUCUUUUUUGGCCAACAAAAGUGGAUAACAACAGUUGGACUGGUGCAAGGGAAUAUGACAGAUGGCUAGAACAGAGGGAGGAGAAGGGCAGACUGGCAUGGUGGGGUGCCUUGGUGACCACCACACUCUUCUUGGUUGCUGCUAUAUCGUCCAUGGGCCUGAGCAUCAAACUCCAUGGAGUCCAGGAGGAGCUCAAGGCAGCAAGGGAGCUUGCAGAAUUGUGCCCCAUCCUGCAGAAUGAGUCAAGGGUGGUUGCUCUGGAGGGCCGUGUUAUAGAAUUGGAGGACCGUGCACACAGACUAAACCAGGAGAAGGCAACCUUGGAAAGAGCUGUGUCUGCACUGAAUUCAGAGCUGUUGGCUGUACAGACCAAAUCCAUGGAGCUGGCAACAGAUUCCACCUUCUGCUCUGGACGACCUGGCCACCAAGUCCACCAGGGAAAGGCAGCUCACAUGACAGACAAUGAAAGUGGGCCAACUGUGUUUGCACUAUCUGGUGGCACGCUCCUUUUGCUUAUUGCUGCAGCUGGUGUUGCUGCACACACAGCUGCUACCCAUGCCACGAUCAAAAAGCUGCAGUGCAAGUUAGCCUCGGCUGCUCGUGAAUGCCACCAAGCAAAGCAGCAAGCCUCGAAGGCCAUCAAAAUGGGCACAGAUCUGCAGAAUCUGGCAGCAAGGAUGACACAGCUCGACCAGGACAACGAGAGGGUGCACGAGGUGGCAAGGAGUGUUGUGGGACAGGUUGAGCGGGAACAUGCACACGUCACUUCAAUUUCCAUGCGCCUUCAGGGCUUGCAAAAGAUCAAUCAGGAGAUUUCUAACAUAAUUGGGGACAAGUGA